CGGCGCGGGGGUUGGGCCACGUGUCGCGACCCCGCCAAACGGUGACCCUGGGAACCCGGAGGGAGGACCGGAAGUCCGGGCUCUGACAGGACAUGGCGGCCGCCAAGCCCAGCCUGGGCCGGGUCCUCCCGGGGUCCACCAUCCUCUUCCUGUGUGACCUGCAGGAGAAGUUCCGCCAUGUCGCCUACUUCCCCCAGAUUGUCUCCGUGGCCGCCCGCAUGCUCCAGGUGGCCCGGCUGCUGGAGGUGCCAGCCGUGCUGACAGAGCAGUACCCACAGGGCCUGGGCCCCACGGUGCCUGAGCUGGGGGCUGAGGGCCUGAAGCCACUGCCCAAGACCUGCUUCAGCAUGGUGCCCGUGGCGAGGCAGGAGCUGGACGCGCGGCCUCAGCUGCGCUCUGUGCUCCUCUGUGGCAUCGAGACACAGGCCUGCAUCCUGAACACAACCCUGGACCUCCUGGAUCGGGGGCUGCAGGUUCAUGUGGUGGUGGAUGCCUGCUCCUCCCGCAGCCAGGUGGACCGGCUGGUGGCACUAGCCCGGAUGCGACAGAGCGGUGCCUUCCUCUCCACCAGUGAAGGACUCAUUCUACAGCUUGUGGGUGACUCUGCGCACCCCCAGUUCAAGGAGAUCCAGAAGAUCAUCAAGGAUCCCGCCCCGGACAGCGGGCUGCUCGGCCUCUUCCAAGGCCAGAACCCCCUCUUCCGCUGAACUCCCACUCUGCCUCAUGGGGAGACCUCCCACCCUCCUGUCACCGGGGCCUCGGCGGAAGCGCUUCCCCCCCAUCCUCGGAUCCCAGGAGUGGUGCAGUCCACCGGGAGUGCCGCCCCUCGGGAGGGGAGGCGGGUGCUGCCUUGCCAUUGGGCGACAGCUCCCGGAAAUGCAAAUGAAGCUCCUGGAAGCCGGGUGGCCGUUGGCUGAGCUGAGCUGGAGGCGGGGCUCGGCCCCGGGCCACUUCAAGAGGUGGAAAAGGGAGGGGGAGGGAGUGUCACAGACUGUGUGGGACCCGGGCUCGCAGAAUAAACACCGAUGUGGCUGUGGACCGAA